UCGCCUACCGGGACUGCCGAAUGGGCGUUGGAGCGAACAGCGAUGUGGGCGAAACCCUACAUAGCGUCCGCUUCCUUCUCCCUCUACUUUCAUCGCUGCCGGCGAUCUCCCUUUCCGUCUUUGUGGCGCCCUCUCCCCUCCUCCGCUGCCAUUGCUGCCGGUGCCGGCGAUCUCCCUCCCCGCCUGGUGGCGCAUUGUCCCUCGCCUUCGUCCGGCAUUGCUGCCGGGGCCGGCGAUCUUCCUCUCCCUCUGAGUGGCGCCACCUCCAGAUCUUGCCCUCUUGCCGCUUCCUCCAAACCCAUUCUUCUCCUUGCACAACCAGAGAUCCGCAGUACCACAAACACGAUAGAAACCUUACCAGCUUUCUAAAGAUCGGCACGAUGAAGGAUUUGGGACACCACUUCUCGGUCAGUAGUAACCAACUUGUCAAGUUCUUGGCAUGGUUCUUUGAAGAUCGUCCCUCUCCUAUGCUUCGCUUGAGCUUUUCAAUACUGACGGCCAUCUGAUAAUAGGAUCAUUCCAGAUUCUUCUAGAAUUAGUUUUCAUCACGAAUUUUAUCUAAGGAUGGGAUAUUUCAAGAGCUCUUUGCCUGUUUUUUUUAGCAGAUGAUCAGAAAUUAGUCUGCUCAUUUUUAUUUGAAUAUUUCUUCAUGAAGCCUGCAAGCACGGACCUGCCUGGUGAAGUCUUUUGAUGUGUUGAGGCCUUGAGGGUGAUGGAGAUUUUCUUAUUAUCAGCAUGGGCCCAAGGGUCAUAAUUAAGCAAGGGGGGCCUUUGUAUAGUAUUUGGAUUUUUUUGGUCAUAUCUAAUGAACUCUUUAAGUUUCUCCAUUUGGAGGAGGAUA